ACGAAUCUUCAGUAUUGCAAUCAUCCGCGCACAAUCUUGCACAAAGCGCACACACACUGCACCAAAGAGCUCCACCUCCACACACGCCCAGCCACCCAGCCAGCGUGUACUCCAUUUACACCACCCCACACCACCAAACCAUCCCCCCCUCCCACACACACACAAAGAACGGACGCGAUGGCGACGCUUGCCGAGCAUUUGGCGGAGCGCCGGGAGCCCGAGGCGCACGAGCUGGAGGCGAAGAACUUCCCCGAGCUGAAGAACGACCUGAUUCUGCGCGCAGCACGACGCGAAGAUGUGGAGCGCGUCCCCGUGUGGGUGAUGCGCCAGGCAGGGAGGUACCUGCCAGAGUACAACGCCAUUGGCGAAGGCCUGGACUUCUUUGACAAGUGCCGCACCCCAGCGCUCGCGUGCGCCAUCACCUUGCAGCCGCUGGUGCGCUUCCCCAUUGACGCCGCCAUCAUCUUCUCCGACAUCCUCGUCAUCCUGCAGGCGCUCGGCAUGCACUGCGACAUGGUCAAGGGCAAGGGCCCCACGUUCCCGCAGCCCAUCACCUGCCGCGAGGACAUUGACGCCCUCAACGCCGACGUGGACGUGCAUGAGUCCCUCGGGUACGUGUUCAAGGCCAUCACGCUCACGCGCCACCGCCUGGGAGGCCACGUGCCGCUGAUUGGCUUUGCCGGCGCGCCCUGGACGCUCUUCGCCUACGCCAUCGAAGGCAGCGGCUCCAAGACCUUCUCCAAGGCCAAGAGCUGGCUGUACAAGGACCCGGAGGCGUCACACCGCCUCCUCUCCAUGAUCACAGACGUCACCGUGCGCUACCUUGUGGCGCAGGUGCGCGCCGGUGCGCAGCUCCUGCAGGUGUUCGACUCGUGGGCAGGCAGCCUGUCCCCACGCCACUUCCGCGAGUUUGCCGCCCCGUAUCUGGUGCGCAUUGCCUCCGCCGUCAAGGCCGAGCUGGGCACCGACGCCGUGCCGAUGAUCUGCUUUGCCAAGGGCGCGCACUGGGCCUUCAGCCUGCUCGAGUCCUCGGACUACGACGUGCUGUCGCUGGACUGGACCAUGGAUCCGCAGGAGGCGCAGCGCGCAACCAAGUCCCGCAUGGCCUUCCAAGGCAACAUGGACCCCUGCGCCAUGUACGGCAGCGACGACACCAUCCGCGAGGAGGUGUGCCGCGUCAUGUCGCUGUUUGGCACGCGCGGGCACAUUGCCAACAUGGGCCACGGCAUGUCCCCCGACAUGGAGCCGCGCGCAGUGGCGGCCUUUGUCGACGCCGUGCACAACUUCUCCUCCCGCCAGCGCGUGUACACCAUCGGCACGCGCGGGUCCGUGCUGGCGCUGUGGCAGGCGCACUACGUGCUGGAUCGCCUGGUCAAGAAGUACCCGACGCACCGCUUCCGCAUCAAGGUGGUUGACACGGCCGGCGACAAGGACCUCACCACCGCCCUGGACAAGUUUGGCACGACGGGCGUGUUCACGGACGCGCUGGAGCGUGCGCUCGUGUCUGGCGAGGUGGACUGUGUCGUGCACUCGCUCAAGGAUGUGCCGUCCACCCUGCACCCUUCGACGCGCCUCGCCGCCAUCAGCGAACGCCACGACCCACGCGACUGCGUCGUGUUCAACCCGCGCCACAACGGCCGCUACAGCUCCAUCGCCGACCUCCCACCGGGCAGCGUGCUGGGCACCAGCUCUGCGCGCCGCCGUGCGUUCCUCGCGCGUGCAUACCCUUCCCUCACCUUUAAGCACGUGCGCGGGAACGUGAAGACGCGCCUGCGCAAGCUCGAUGACCCGGCCAACGGAUACGACGCCCUCGUGCUCGCCUCUGCUGGCCUGGAGCGGCUGAACAUGGAGGCACGGGUUGGCGAGAAGCUGAGCGUGGACGUGGUGCCGCACGCUGUUGGCCAGGCAGCGCUGGGCGUGCAGGUGCGAUGCUCAGCCAAGCCGGGGCCCCAUGGUGGCGAGGGCGGCGAUGAUGAUGAUGAUGACGGUGACAAAGAUGCUGCGGUGCUGGCGGAGAUGCUGCAUGCGAGUGUGCAGUGCAACGAGACGGCGCUUGUGUGCAGCGCCGAGCGUGGCUUCCUGCGCUCGCUCGGGGGCGGGUGCUCUCUGCCCAUCGCAGUGCGCUCGCAGCGCGACGCCGACACGGGCCGCAUCGUGCUGUGCGGCAACGUGUGCAGCGUGGACGGCAAGACGCUCGCCUCGCGCACGUGCGACGCCGUUGUGACGACAGAGGCGGAGGCCGCUGCGCUUGGCGAGAAGGUGGCUGCCGACCUCAAGGCGGACGGUGGCGAGGCCAUUCUCAUCGAGCUCCGGGCACAGCGCGACCAGCAGCAGCAGCAGCAGCAGCAGCAGCAGCGUGACGUGGACGGGCGCACCGUCGUCUCGCUCUGAUGCCCUGUGUGUGUGUGUGUGUUUUCGUUGUGACUUGCCGUGUGUUGGGUUGGUGUUGUUGUGUGUCAUGACCCUUUGGUUCUUUGUCGCAGUUUGCGAUUGCGUGCUUGCUUGCCCCUGAUGGUGUCAAUGAACAGUUUAAUCGUC